GAGUUUUUGUUCAGAAGUUGAGAUUUGGAGUGGAUCAAUAGACUGAUGUAAGUAUCUGGAUGUCCGGUAUGUGCUGUACUGAAAAACCACAAGUUAUUGUAGGAAACUACAGAGCACAGCCCUAGCCCUGUAUCGACCAGGAAAUUUCGGAACUGGGCAGCCGUAAAACCCACAGCAACCAUGAAGACACGCACUCCGACACGCACGUUCCCUUUAGCAAUCCCACUCUGGACUUCAUGGCAAUGGGUCCGGUACUCGGCCCUCAAGUCCAACGCUUUUGGACGCGCUCAAGCUUCCCAGUUAAAACCAGUCUUUUAAGACCCAGGUGCUCUAGAUUCGAAGGUUUCGCUGAUCAGGCCCUCUAGCCCGGCCCCAUCUCUAUGGUUUUCUCCGUGGGCCGCUCUAGCCUGCGCGGGGAGCGGUGAGACGUCGUGACUCGCCUUCUAGGCUGCGGGAGGCCCCGGAGAGCGCCUCGCUGGUCGCGCGGUCGGCCAUGGAGACCUUGCGCAAAGCGCUGAUCGUGGGUGCCCUUCUGGGCGCCGGGGCUGGCGUGGGCUCCGCGCUCUUUGUCCUCGUGACUCCGGGAGAGCAGCGGAAGCAGGCGAUGCUGAAGGAGAUGCCCGAGCAAGACCCGCGGCGCAGGGAGGAGGCGGUCAGGACCAAAGAGUUAGUGCUAGCCACUCUGCAGGAGGCAGCGGCCACGCAAGAGAACGUGGCCUGGAGGAAGAACUGGAUGAGCGGCGGCGGCGGGAAGUCAGCGUGAGCUGGGACUUCCAUCGUGGGCACUGGGACCUUGCUCCCGCGCAAGAGUCAGAGGCGGCCUUUCUCCUCCGUACGCCCAGCGGGGAGACCCGAUCGAGGAUGCCGCGCCCAGGCCUCCCUGAGGCCCUGGGAGCCGCUGCAGGGUGAGCACGUCCCCUAUCAAAAGAUGCACUGACUGCACUUUAACAUCCUACGUCGCGGGCGGGGGCGUCGGAUAUGGUAAACCCGAAGGAACCAAUAAAUCACGUUCCUCCGUCCAGUCUGUGAGCCCUGCAGUCUGGAGCCUAUAAAUGUUUAGAGUGUUCUGGGGGGCCCGUGCUGGGGAAGCGGAUGACUGUGGCUCCCAUGUGCCCCGCAGCGACCAAAACACAAUGUCAUGUGGUUGUUCAAGCGUACUUUUGAUAACCAAGUGACAUUCUUGAAAUCAGAACUAAUGCUGGAAAAUCCUGUAGCAAUUGGUGCCCAUGGAGGACACUUUGGGUUUCCUGUCCUGUGAGGUUGGAGAGGGGCUUCUAGCAUUUAACAUACGCUAUGAUGCUUUCUGGGGCUAUUGAACCUUUGGAGGUCAAUUUGCUAGGAGUGAAAGGAGCAUGCGUUCAGAAAGACAGAUCUUGAUGAAAGUCCUGCAUGUUACAAAACCUCUUGGAGCCUCAGUCCUGUUACCUAAAAGGUGGUAAUUAUCUUGAGGGUUGUUGGGAAAAAAUUAACUUAGAAAUGUAAAGUGCAGUGCUUGGCACAGAGCAGCCUUUGAUAUAGGUAGUGGGGUUUUUCCCCUUCCAGGUUUUCACUGUAGUAGUCUGUAAUCCCCGAAUCCAGUCAUGGGAUUUCUUGGGAAUCUCUGAAGGAGCGAGAUAAUUUCCCUGUGGUCUGCCUCACAUCCGGUGGUUCCAAAGAAGAUAGCAAUUGAAGGGGAGGGGAGGAAGCUUGCUUUUAUUUAUUAUUUAUGAGAGUGUGUUAUUUAUUUUUGAGAGAGAGAGAUAUGGAGUGCAAGCGGAGGAAGGGCAGAGAGAGAGGGAGACAUAGAAUCCAAAGCAGGCUCCAGGCUCCGAGCUGACGGCACAGAGCCCAAUGCAGGGAUCAAACCCACGAACUGCGAGAUCAUGACCUGAGCCGAAGUCAGACACUUAACCAACUGAGUCACCCAGGCUUCCUCAAGAGAGAGAGAGAAUCAUAAGCAGCUUCCACGCUCAGCAUGGAGCCCCACACAGGUUUCAAGCCCAAGAACCUGGGAUCAUGACCUGAGCUGAAAUCAAGAGUGGGAUGCUCAACGGACUGAGCCACCCAGGUACCCCUGCUUUUAUUUAAAUAAAGCCAGGACAAUAAAUAAAGCUUGGUUAACACUGAGGUGUAAACCCA